CUCUCCCUCCUCUCCUCGAUCACAUACGGUCAAUCAUCGUAGCAGCAAGCAAUGGCACCAACAACCAUCCCUCCCUCAGCAAGACUGAAGUCCAACUACAAAUACUUCCUCACCCAUAAUGUCCGCUGGUCAGACGUUGAUCGAUACGCACACGUCAAUAACUCGAUUUAUCACCAUUACUUUGAUACAAUCGCCAAUGAGUAUCUCGUGAAUCAUUGCAACAUGAACCCCGAACAAUCCGACCUCGUAGGUCUAAUGAUCGCCUCAACCGUCCGCUUCUUCAGCCCAAUAACCUUCCCCGGCUCCCUAACCCUCGGCCUAACCGUCUCCCACAUCGGCGCAACCUCCGUCGAGUACCAAAUUGCUGUGUGGCAAGACUCCCCGGCACCCUCUGAGGAAGAUAAGGCGCAUGGGAGGGAGGAGGGGAAGGAGGGGUUGGCGUGUGCGGUGUGCUUUGCGACCCAUGUUUUUGUGAGGAGGGUUGGGCAUGUUAAGGUUAAGGGGAUGGAGGAGGGAGUUCGGAGAGGGUUGGAGAGGAUUUUGGUGGAGAGCGGGGGUGGGGAGGGGAAGGGGAAGCUGUGAAGUAGGGUACCCGUGAUACACGAGUAUUCGUGCAUCGGACUCGUCCAUUCAUACCGCGGCCGUUC